AGAAUCUCGUUGUGUUAUUAUUGUUAGUUAUUUGCAUUUUAAAGGUUUUUUUGUUAAAAAAAAUUUUUUUGAGUGAAUGAGAUUAGCCAACAUUUGACCAAAAGUUACUAGUAUUUAAAAUUGUUGAUAUCAAGAAUGGAAGUAUUGUAUUGUAAUAGGCGAAAAAUGAGUGUUUUUUUCACAAUUUGUGUUUAAACUCUCACUUUGUAUUUUUAAUAAUUGGUGCAAGUUGUAUGGUGUAGUCAAUUUUAUUAAAAUUGUGAAAUUUUGGUGUUUUAACCUCAAAAUGGAUGAAUAUUCAACAAAUAAUGACCAAACUGUGGAUUAUGAACGGGCUUUAUCACCCAUUCUAAGCGGACAAAUCUCUCGCAAACACUUAAAAGUCAAACAAAAGGCUCGGGUUAAAUUGACCAACCGGUUUUCAGAGAAGUCUCCAAAAGCCUCCUCUGACACAAGUAGCAACAUUUUAACUUCAAGUCAGACUGAAAACUUUUUAAAAAGUAAAAGAGAAGACUGGAAUUCUAAUCAAAAUGAGUCUCCUAACGUACAAGAUUUUGAUUCUAAAAACCCAAAAUUACCGACAGAAAAAUUGCCCAAAGUGUCUGAUGAAACAGCCAAAAAGUUAUUUGGCGAUAUUUUAAAUCCUGUAAGUCUUAAGUGUGAAAAUAUGCAACCUAACAAGCAAUCGUUUUUCAAUAAACUUGAAGCAAGUAAGUUUCUCAAAUCAAAGGAAAAUAUUGCUGGUAAAAGAACUCAUAUGGGGGCUGGAGGUUUCAAAGCGUCUGAUGAAGCGUUGAGAAGGUCCAAAACGUUGUUUGACGACAUCUUAAAUCCUGGGGGUUUUAAAUGUGACAACGUGCAACCUAACCGUUCGUUUUUCAAUAAACCUCUUAAAUUAGAGGAAAACACCGGUUUUGUGGGUUUUAAAACGGCUUCAGGGAAAAGUACGAUAAUUUCUGAGAAUGCGGUCAAGCAAGCUAGGAAUAAAUUCAGUGAAAAAUUAAAUUCUGAAACACUUGAUGAAAAAAUUGACUUGUUGUGUACUCAGGAAACGAAUGAAUUAUUUACCAACCUUACCAUUUUAGAAAAUAAGUUGUUUAAAAAAACUGAAAAUCAAUUAAAUGAGGAGUUCAAAGGCUUUAGUAGAGAUCUGAUUGAAGAAAAUUUGAGACAAGUUACUGAAUUUUCUUCGAUUGUGACCGAAUUUGAAGGAGGGAAGAAGAAACUACAAAAUCAGCAUUUGGGGGGUUUUAGGACAUGUUCUGGGAAGCAAAAUCAACUAACUGAAGCCUCGUUACAAGCCGCCAAACAUCGAUUAGGAAACGAUAUUCCAAAUUUAAAGUUUAGUAAAGUUGCUAAAGCGGAAAAUGAUUUUCGGGGAUUCACAGAUGUCGGUAAAGACGAGUCUAGAACCUCAAAUUUUACCAAAUGUGGGGGCUUCCAAACAGCCACUGAAACCUCGUCGAAUUUAGCAAAAGACAAGCUAAAAAAAGCACAACAAAUUUUCAAAGGUUUGGACGACUCUUUUAGUUUUUCCAAAAGUAGCAAGAAUACAAUUUUUGGUGACUUUAAUGGUGGUUGCAAGAGGAAAUAUUCGGAUGUGGCAACUGCGAAAACGGGGGUCGAAAAAUCUAGCCAUAUUUUUAAUGGAGAAAAGCCCACUUUUUCCCCAAUUAGAAAUAACGCAAGGAUUUACAACUCAACCCCAUUGAAAAAUACCACUGUGACGUGUAUCGAGUCGGAUAUAACACCAAUAAAACGCAUCAAAUGUGAAGCAACUGUAACACAAAAUUUGCAAAACGAUCGAUUCAUAAUUCAGGAGUGUUCUGAAGGAGAUGUUAACACUUGGGCCCAAAACUUGGAAAACGAACGAAAAAAACUCGAAGCGAAAUUGAAAAUGAUUGGUGAGAAACAGCAAGUUUUAAAUUUACAGAAAGAAAUUUUAGAGGAUGAACCAAAGACCCAAAAGAGACAACCUGGGGUUUUAUUUAAUAGAAAACAAUGCAACGAACGAGUUUUCUUGAGACAAGGGUUACAAAUAGAUUCAUUUCGAGUUUCAAGUGCGAUUAAUUCGGAAAAUUCGCUGAGUGUUCAUUUGAAGGAAAAUUUACCGUUCAUUAAUACGUCAGAUGGUGCUUGUGUUGUUCCAAAUUUUGAUAAUCUUGUUGGUUUGAGUGAGAUUGAAGUGGCGUUUAAGACAAUGCCGGGUGUCGAAAUGGGAUUACUUCCAAAUGGUUGGAUUAAAAAUCACUUCAGAUGGAUUGUUUGGAAGUUGGCGAGCUAUGAAAAUUUUAAUUUCGAUUGUUUAUCAGUCGAGAAUAUUAUCCAACAAUUGAAAUAUCGGUACGAUCGAGAAAUUGAUCGAGCGGAACGUCCAGCACUUCGAAAAAUCUUCGAAACAGACGACACGCCACAAAAACGCAUGGUUUUAUGUGUAGCGAAUAUCUUCAACUUAGGUUCAAAUAAAUUUGAACUGGAAUUAACCGACGGUUGGUACAGCAUUCGAACCUCCAUUGACGCACCUUUGUGCCAACAAAUUGUAAAUAAGAAAAUUCAAAUUGGUACCAAAUUGGUGAUUUCCGGGGCCGAAUUGGUAGAUUGCGACGGGUGCCACCCGCUAGAGGCUUCUCAUGUAGUUCGUUUGAAAAUCCAUUGCAAUUCGACGAGGAGGGCCCGCUGGUACGCCAAACUCGGUUACCAGAAGUGUCCAGAACCGUACUUGCUAAAAUUAGCCUCGAUUUGCCCAAAUGGGGGCCCCAUCGGCUGUAUCAAAGUUUAUAUCGCACGAGUGUACCCUUUGAAAUACCUCGAAAAGCAUAAUACACAUUCUGUUUGGCGAAAUCAGAGAGCCGAAGAUAUAAGAGCCCAAGAAUGGGAGAAUUACAAUCGUCAAAUUUUGGAAAACGUGCAAGAAACGAUACAGAGAGAUUACAAAAAGAAUCAUAAUUUAAAAAAAGCAAAAAAUAUCAGUGUGAAUUAUGCCGAAAUUAGGAAUAUUGAUUGUCCGGAAACGUUAUUUAAUAUUUGUAGUAAUUGUAAUGAUCCUGAGCGCUUACAGGAAGUGUUAUCGGAGUCGCAAAAAAUGUCUAUUAUGGAUUACCAGCAACGAAUUUUGUUGUUACAACAACAGGAAAUGUCGCGAGAAAUUGAAGACAGUUUUAAGAAGCUUCAAACGGUCAAAAGAAACAUUACUGCGGUGUUAACACUAUUGGUCAUGGAUGCUCUCGAUCCUGACAAAGACAAAUGUUACGUUUUACAAAUUUGGAACCCAUCAAUAACUUAUCUACAAAUUUUAAAAGAGUCAUCAGUUUGUCACAUUUACAAUGUUAUGUUAAAAAAUAAUGGGAAUUUGUCGGCUACAAGUUGGACCAAAUUCAAACCAGAUUCCGAAAAAUUGACAAAUUUUGAAAGAUACAACCGAACUGUCACUCCAAUACCUAACAUAACUACAAAGCCGCAAUUUAACGAGUUUGAUACAGUCGGUAUCGUUGUACAGAUAACUGUAAAUAAUCUUCAUCAAAUCUUGUGGUUGGCUGACACUUCUACAAGUUUGUUAUUUAUUAAAAUUUUCGAUAGUCCGAAAAACUGUCUACUCUUAGACAAGCUCAAAGUGGGACAGAUUGUCGCGAUCGAGAAUUUAAUUUUUUAUGAAAAGACACUUGAUUGUGCUCAAGCUGUAGCUAACAAUUUGACGGUCAUCUCAUCUUCACCCAAACACAAGCAUUUGCAAAACGGUAUUGAUUUAAUUAAUGAACAAAUCUCCCAAAAUUUGGACAAUUUUUUGCAAGAGUGCAACCAGAAAGUGGCUUUAUAUACUGAUAAAAAUAACAUUACCAAAAACUACAAAAAUACAUCAAAAUCUCUCGUUACAAGUUCGUUGCUGACAUCUGAUAUAUUUGAUGAUGGUUUGGAUGGUUUGGAUUUCGAUGAAUUGCCAUAAAAUUUGUUUUUUGUUCAUAUUUUUAUAGUCUAAUUGUUACUGCAGAUUGUUGAUGUUAAGUUAAGAAUAAAUUGUUUUGUUGGUU